AUGAAAAACUUACUGUGCUUCACCGUCUCGCUGCUCCUUCUGCUCACCCUCUUCUGCGCAUCAUCGGCGGCCAACAAGAGAAAGUGCGCCCACGCGCUGAGGAGAUAUCUCGUGGCCAUGUGCGGUGCCAACUGUGCUCCGUCGACCGGUAAACGCGUCUCACAGACACGUCUACAAACAAACAAUAACCCUCUUUUUUUUCAGAUGUGAUAGACGCGAAGGCUUGCCAGCAGCUUAGCACCAGUCCCGAGGAGUUGUUCGAGUUGUGCCACUGCUAG